AUGCCUCCCAAGAAGAAGGUCGAGCGCUCCGCUCAGGAAAACAUUUCUCUAGGCCCUCAAGUCCGCGAAGGUGAACUCGUCUUCGGCGUCGCUCGCAUCUUCGCUUCGUUCAACGAUACCUUCGUCCACGUCACCGAUCUCUCUGGCCGCGAAACCAUCUGCCGUGUGACCGGUGGCAUGAAAGUCAAGGCCGACCGUGACGAGUCUUCCCCAUACGCUGCUAUGUUGGCUGCUCAGGACGUUGCUGCACGCUGCAAGGAGCUCGGUAUCACUGCUCUGCACAUCAAGAUCCGCGCUACUGGUGGUAACGGUACCAAGACUCCCGGCCCUGGUGCUCAGUCUGCUCUGCGUGCGUUGGCUCGUGCUGGCAUGAAGAUUGGCCGCAUUGAGGAUGUUACGCCGACGCCGUCUGACUCUACUCGUCGCAAGGGUGGUCGUCGUGGUCGUCGUCUGUGA